GAAGAAACAAAUGAAGAGGAAUGCAAAGGUUGUUUUGCAAAAUUAAAAAAAAAAAAGAAAAAAAAAACUAAACCUUUAAAACCCCAUAAUUAUUAUGCACGACAUAAUAAAAAGAAAGAAGAAAGAAGACAAUAUUUAAAAAAUAAUAAAGAUAAAUUAAAUUGUCUCCAACGAGUAGAGGAAAAACUAUUCGCUUAUGCUGAUCUUUUAAGAAGCUCAAUUUACUCAAGAACAUCAAGAAAACCUGAUGGAAUAUAUUAUACAUAA